AUGGGUGACCAGUACCAUGGCCAGUACGGCCAGCAGCAGCAAUACGGCCAGCAGCAGCAAUACGGUCAGCAGCAGUAUGGUCAGCAGCAGUAUGGCCAGCAACAGUACAAUCAGCAGCAGUACAACCAGGGAUGGCAGCAGCAACAGCAGCCGCCUCCGCCGCCGCCGCAGAAUAAUGGAGGCUACGACCAGGGCGGCUACAACUACGGCGCUCCGCCGCCCUACAGCUACAAUCCUCCCAAUUCCAACGAUGAAAAGUAUGGCUUCGAUCAAGCCUUCAAGAUCGAGAAGCCCAAAUACAACGACUUGUGGGCUGCUAUUCUCUUCCUCCUCGUCUUUGCUGGUUACGUUGCCGUCUCCGUCAUUGCGCUUCGCGGCUACGUAUCUGGUAUACACGGCUCUGGAAUUAAGAGCUCCAACACCUUCUCCAUCAACUCCAACACCCUGAUUCUCUUCGCCUGCGCACUCGGCGCCGCCUUUGUUCUCUCGAUCGCAUACGUCGGCCUCGCCCGAACCUUCCCCAAGGCCUUUAUCUGGGUCACCGGUAUUCUCAACCUGGUCUUCGCGUUUGGAACCGCCAUAUACUAUCUGUAUAAGAAGUAUUGGUCUGCUGGCAUCGUCUUCCUUAUCUUUGCCGUCUUCACUGCCUUUGCGUUCUGGACCUGGAUUCCUCGCAUUCCCUUUUCCGCUCUCAUGCUUCGCACCAGCAUCGACGUCAGCAAGAAGUAUGGCCAUGUCUACAUCGUUAGUCUUAUCGGCGGUAUCCUAGCCACUGCCCUCGGUGCCUGGUUCUCCGCCACCAUGGUCGGCAUCUACGUUCGAUGGCAGCCGUCCUCGAACAACCCUAACUGUGGACCAAACGGCUCCGGCUGCAGCCAGGGGACCGUCAUUGGUUUGAUGGUCUUUAUCACGUUCGCCAUGUAUUGGAUUACUGAGUGGCUGAAGAACACCAUUCACACAAUCAUUUGCGGCGUCUACGGUGCCUGGUACUUUGCUGUCCACAACUUCCCCAAGGACGCGACCCGUAGCUCUGCGAAGCGCGCUCUGACCUACAGCUUCGGUUCCAUUGCCUUUGGCAGUCUGAUCGUUGCAAUUAUUCAGUUCCUCCGCCAGCUCUGUUCGGUCGCGAAGCAAUCGUCAGCCGACGAUGGCGGCAUCGGCGGCUUCAUUGGCAUGGCCUUUUUCUGCGUUCUACAGUGCCUUCUUGGCAUCAUUGAGUGGGCCGUGGAAUUCAUCAACCGAUACGCUUAUGCUCACAUCGCCCUAUACGGAAAGAAGUAUAUCGAGGCAGCCAAGGAUACAUGGAAGAUGAUCAAGGACCGCGGUAUCGACGCCCUCGUCAACGAAUGUCUCAUCGGCCCUGUUCUAUCCUUUGGUGCCCUGUUCGUCGGCUACGCUUGCGCUCUGCUUGCAUACCUCUACCUCCUGAUCACCAACCCCGCUUACAACAGGGGAGGCGGCUUCACCCCCGUCAUUAUGGCCUUUGCUUUCUUAAUUGGCUUCCAGAUUGCGAACAUCUUCACGACCCCCAUCUCUAGCGGUAUUGAGACCAUCUUUGUUGCGGCCGGCUGGGAUCCGCGCGUCAUGGUCAACGACCACCCCGAACUGUACCAGGAGAUGGUGCGUCUAUACCCUCGUGUUCAAGAGGUCAUUUACGACCGGUAG